CUAUCCAAUCCAACAAACGAACACCGGCAACGGGUGAAAAGGAAGCAUUUUUUUCUUGAUUGUACGUGAAGCUAUUUUACAAAUCACGCUGCUCAAUCUGGUGAUUAAAAAUAUCCUCAAAAUAAGUUAGAAAACGACGCGGGAAAUGCGAAUUUUUUCGUUCCUGCUAGCGCUAGCUGCGCUGGUUGGCACCGGAACGGCCACGAAGUUGAAUUACCCGCGCGUUCUGCUGCCAAUCUUCGAUCACAUUUCGGUCAACUUUACGCUCGAAGUGGUGGAGAAAGGCUGCUUCAAAUGGACUUCUUCACGAUUGGAUCUGAUACAAAUUAAACCGGAAUAUGACGACUCAAACGACGAUUGCUCAUACCGAGUUCAGGUGACGGUGAUCAACAAGGAGAAACGCAGAAACACUGCGAUUGUGCUGGCGGAGGAUUUGGUAACGGGGGAAGUGUUGAGAUGCGAUGUAAUCCUGGACGUGAUUGACCAGCUCGGGGUGUUGACCACGACAAGAGAGCUCUACCUGGAAGAAGCACCGGAAACUUUUGAACUAUGGGCCCAGGAUGCUCAAGGCAACGCGUUUACAACGUUGGAAGGAAUUGAAUUCAAUUGGCAGUUGGCCUCGCACCGAGCGGUUGAUUUCCGUCACGGAGAUACGGACAGUGCUUGGAGUCAGGUGUUACGGUUUUUGACUUUCUCCGAAAGUAAGUUCCAUGUGGUGCCAAAAGCGAUCGAGAAGCUCGAGCAGACGCAGGUUCAGGGUUAUAUGGUUUUGUUGGAAGGGAUCAACACCGGGUCAGCGCGAGUAACGGCGAAGCUGCCGCAUCCGGAGUACAGCCACGUGUCACCGGUGGAAGUGAACAUCAUGGUGCUGGCCAAUCUGAUUUUGGAUCCGAGCGAUGUUUACAUCAUGACCGGAGACACAGUGAAUUUCAAGGUGCUGCAACUGAAGCAAGGAAAGCUGCACGAAAUAUCGCUUAACAACCAAUACUAUUUGGAAAUAGAGAACACAGCCCUGGCCAGCAUACACGGAAAUGAAGCAAAGGGUCUGAAGCUGGGAAGAACGUUCGUACUGUUGAGAGAUCGAAACGUUCCGCACGAUCUAACCAGUGAUGAUCAAUCGGCGAAGGCACUACUCCCAAAGGCGUCAAUUACGGUGGCCGAUCCGAGGAAGUUAAUGCUGAAUCUUUUACCACAUUACAAUUGGGUCACGGUGGAAGGUGAGAAUCACGAGAUUGCGCUGGAUCUAUUCACGGCGGAUGAUCAUCCGAUUACGUUGGGAUCAAAGUACCAGAUUCAGUCAACAUUUGAUGAGGGGUUGUUCUAUCCUAUUCGGAGGACAAACAAUGGAAGCCGUAUUGCAGGUGAAACGGUGGCUUCCGGGACCAGUCCAGUUACUGGUCAGUUUGAUAAGCUCACCGCCAAAGCAGACCUGAUAGUAUACAAACGACUCGCAAUUAAUCCCCCAGAAGUGAUCAUCCCAUACGACCCGGCCCUUCGGCGCCAGAAGCUCCAGUUCACCGCAUCGGGAGGUGAUGGAUCAUACGUCUGGACCAGCUUGGAUAGUUCGCUUCUAACAGUCACGCAAACUGGCCUCGCCGAAACUCGUCUGGACAGCGUCAAAGGAGCGGCAAUCGUGUCGACUCUUGGCACUGAUAGCGAAACUAGUGCCAAGCUUACCCAAGUACGCGUUGCCCUCGCACGGAACACAAAAAUAUCGGUGUCGGCACAGGUCGUAUUUCUGCCACCAAUCAAGCUGGAAGUAGUGCGGUACAAUUUCGAGACUGUUCUCAAGGAUUACGUUGAGGUACAUGUGGCUCUUUGGGCCAAACACAACGGGAAUAUGAAAGCUUUUACGUCGUGUGAAAAUUUGAACUUCGAAUUGGAGUUUAGUAAUCAGAUUUUCCUGCUGGACUCGGCGAAGAACAAUGCAAAGGAUGUUCUAGCGGAUAACGCUUGCCGGAUUUUGCAUUUGAAGGCAACGGCAGUUGGUCAGACGAAGCUGAAGGUCACCUAUCGAUACUUUGAUAAUGUGCUUAGCGACCAAGUUGGUUUGAAUGUGUUUGAACGGUUGGCCAUCCUGAAUCCGAUUGAGAAUGAAGUGGUUCUACCGAUCGGAGCGUCGCGGAACUUAAUCUAUCACAAUGGACCGGAACGGAUUUAUAACUCGGAAGCGGAGCUGCAGAAACGAGUGGUCGUAACUGAUCAGAAGAGUUUGGAGGUGGUUCAAGUUGGAAGCGGUUUCUCCAAGGACAAACACAUACUGAGGGCUCUGUGUAAGAAGGUUGGCGAUUUUGAACUGAAACUGGAAGUCUACAACACGUUGAAUGCAUUCAACGUGGUUCCGUACGUUACUGAAUUCGUGACAAAAGUCUACUGUGUGAAACCCCGCUUCGUAAAUCUUUACACGACUGAAAAAGUAAAAACCAGCUGCCCAUUGGAACGACGCAACUCGAUGAUGCACGUUAAAAGCGACAACGAUCAGCUACUCGUAGACAUUGAAGUCUUAGACGUUCAUAACCGAAAACUGGCCAACAUCUCUUCCCUUCUACUCGAAUGGCAAUUCAGCUUGGCCGAUCGAGAGCAAGUUCUUGAUCAAGUUGCAUACGAACAAAUGACCGAAACUGACCUCUUCGAAGGAGUUGAAAUUCCAAAACGAGACUUCCUUCAAACGACCCUCCCGGAACUGGAAGCCAACUUUAAGAUCAAGGCCACCGUGAGCGAAUAUCGUGCUGAUGUCCUCCGUAAGCAUUCCAUCAAACCGGAAGCUCCCCACUUUGGUAUCCAAAAAUCCACCGGAGGACCCCUCGUCAAACCGGUCAUUGAAAACGAGUUGAACUUCUUGGCCGUGAAUAAGACGCUACUCCCAUUCGAGCACAUAACUCUGUUCCUGUCUCGGAGCAACGUGGAGCGCAUCCGCAUCGCCCAGGGUAGUGGAUUCUACGACAUCAAGGCAUCGGACGGUGGCAUAGUGGCCGUUGAGUACGACGAAGCCACCCGGCAGUUGGUCAUCACACCGAAACGGGUCGGGGAAGUGAAGCUGGAAGUGGCCGAUCAGUGCUUGAAUACGGAAUCGAGUUUUCUGUACGUUUCGGUUGUGACUAUUGGAAGGAUUACGUUGCACGCUCCGGAUCGGGUAGAAAAGACCAAGACGAUCGAGGCCAUUGCAAAGAUUUACGAUAGCAACGAUCGGUUGCUGGAGUUGGUGCAAGGUGGUUUGGACAUGUAUGAAUUGAGCCAGGAAGUUUACAAUCCGAAUGUGUUGAGCGUGGCGUUAGGUAGUCAAUCGCAGCUGGGUUCCGGGGAGAUCAGGUAUAUUGUGACCGGAACGGAGCUUGGAGAGACCAAGAUUGUGGUCAACUCGGGGACAGGAGAGAGACAAAUUUCCAGCUCGCCAGCUUCUGUGCAGGUCUUCCCACCGCUAACGCUGUUGCCACGGAACGCCACCAUCAUCGUCGGCAGUACGCUUCAGGUGUACUCCAAAGGCGGUCCCACCCCGGACACCAACAUCGUGUACAGCGUUCAGCACCAGGACAUCAUCUCCAUCGAGUCGGGUCUGGUAGCCGGUUUGAAAAUCGGCCAUUCGAAAGUGACCGGACGAUGCGUUGGCGUAAAUCCCAGCACCGGAGCCCAGAUAGUGUUCUCCGAGGAUACGGUCCACAUCCACGUCAUUCCGCUGGAUGCAAUCGAAAUCAAGACACCGCUAAGUCGCAUCCGUACGGGCGCUGUGAUGCCGGCACAUGUUUGGGGUGUUCCCGGAAUUUCGCCGUUGGUUUUGGGCACGCUCGAAUCGGUUAAAAUCUACUGGUCCACGGAUCACGAGGAUGUCCUGGACGUUCGCGGAGUCUUCCAGGAUAUUGGAGUAGAGUACAAGGAACGGGAUGCAAUUGGCGUUCGGGUUAGAGCAUUGGCCCCUGGUAAAGCCGGACUUUAUGUGACGGUCGUGACAGCUGGAGGAUUGAAGUUGACGGCGAAAACGCAAGUGACGGUGUUCCGAGUCUUGGAACUUGAAUCGCCGAAAGUCAUUCGUUAUGAUUCGAUCUUAGUUCCUCCAAGGACCACAAUUCAACUGAAGGCCAACUUGGACGAUGCCGUUUAUCAAUUGGAAGAGGGUAGUAACACAGUGGUCAAAGUAUCAAAGGACGGAUUAGUCAAGAGUGGAGAUGCGGUGGGACGAGUUCAGAUUGCGGCCUCCUCGUUUGAUCAAUCGCUGACGAUUCCGGUGGAGGUUAAAAACGUCCAUUACAUUUUGACUUCGUUAGAAGCUUCCAACGUUAAACUACGACAACCCGAGAAUGUCAUUCCGCAGGGUUUAAACCUUCGACUAAAAGUAUCUCUCCACGACAAUCUUGGAAAUGAGUUCUCCCACGGAAUCGAGGAAGUUUCCACGUUAAAGCAAAAGCUGUCGAAGAAGGGCAAUGUACUGAUCACCACAGGUGCCAACUAUUCUGUGGCGCUGCAGCUCAUCAGAGAAACGUCCGACAUGCUGCUAAUAUCGUUAAAAGACAAAAUUGGCGUCAAACACGGAGAAGAUUACCUCAAAUUGGUAGUUGGCGAAACGACGGCAAUCUUCCCGGAGAAAACGGUUUUCUCGGUAGGCGACAUCGUUUGCUUUGAGUCUCCCCUGUUGGGAUUGUUUGCAGAUUGGUCCAGCUCGGACGAAGGCCUGGUACAGAUCAAUCCAACAUCGGGAGUUGCCAAGAUUGUAUCUUCGCGGCGUGCAAUCUCCGGAGGUGAAGAAAAGGUCCACAUCAGUCACGGGGAUGCACGUUCGGGAGGAUUGCGAUUCGCCGUUGAUGUUCUUGAAGCGGACCAUAUCGAAUUUUUCAAGUCCUACGAUGUGUUCAACGGACAGAAAUACCAAGGACACUUGGUGAUCAAGAAUCAUCAACAGCUGGAUAAAUUCGUUAACGUGAUUGCCCAAAACGUUUCCACUUGCGCUGAUAACAUCGAACGAUCGUUUUCAAAUCUCUUCAGUUGCAAACUGACCUCGAAACAGAAUCCUUCCUCGGGUGUUCUAAAGCACUUCAAGACUAUCCCGAGCUUCGACUCAUCCAUUGGGGCGUACACUUGCGACAUCGAUCUUGUCACUUCCAUAGAGGAGGUCACCAACCUGAUCAAAACCAACGAACUAAACAUCGAACUGGAAGCACGACUCCUCGGCAGCGGUUUGUCCGAUACGUGUACUUUGAAAAUCGUGCCCGCAGUGAUCGUCGAACCGGAAGCCAUUUCCGUUGAACAGGUUGGGACCCAGUUGGUCACGGUGAGCGGUAUGGACAAAGUGUUGCAAAAAAUAGAGGUGUCUUCGUCGAACCCGUCGCUAUUGGAGAUCUCCAUGGUGCAAAAAGGGCCCGGUUCCAUUCAGUAUAAACUGCGACUGCUCGGGUCAUACUCGCUGGACUCCACCGAAAACCUUUUCGUUAGUGUCAAUUCCCCACUCACGGUUCAGAAAGUUAAGGUCCCAAUUCAGUCUCCCCUUAUAAUGCGCAAGUGUGCCAGUCAACCGCUGUACAACGUACCGAGUAUGUUCCUCAACUAUGUCAGUAACUUCGGGUUGGUGAUUUCGGCCCUUAUCGUGCUGGCUGCCACGGUCUGGGUGUUCGUGUUCUGCUUCCCCCAGCGUCAGAAAACGGUUGACCCCAAUGCAACGCUGGUCAUUUCGCCGUUCAAAGUUGACAACAAUGUGUCCGGUUACAGCAAUGGUGGAGCGCGGCCGAAUAUAAAUCCGUUUGCCAGUCCAGCUCAGCGUGCUAAUCAGACGCAUGUGGGCUCUCCGUUUGCCGCUUCAGGCAAUCUAAGUCAAAGCACAACCCCCCUGUCAUCGUCAGAUUUUAGCAAUAACGCCAGCGGUAGUUCACCGGGGUCGCCAAUCUACGGUGACAGUACGCUAAUGUCCCCGCAGAAGCGAUUCCAUCGACGACAGCUGUAAGGCAUCUAAUGGGGUUUGGGCCGGAUGCUGGUAAGUUCAGGGGAUUUUUUUGCUGCCAUGCGUUCUGGUGUCGAUAAGUGAGCUUCGAUGACGAGUGUAUCAAUGUGUGCGCGAUGGGUUUGAAUUUUAUGAGAUAUGAACGCUAUUGAUAUUUCCUAUUCUUAUGAUUGAAAUAGUCGCUGACGAAAAAAGAGUGAAUGCAAAUGGUUGCAUAGUUUAUAAGGUUAGAAACAUAACUUCCAUUAACAUUGAUAGUUUUACCAGAAACAAAAAGCAAGAAUAUGUUUGAAAUACAAUGACUCCUACUAGUAGAUGUCCAAGCUGCCAUUUAGUUACUUAUUAGUUAAUCAUAAUAAACUGCAAAUAUACCUCAAUGACAAUACAUUGAUCAUCAACCAAUAAACCAAUGAAAAUGAUAUUUUAAUGUACAUUGGUUAGAACAUAACAAAGCAGAAAUAUAAGUUCUCUAUUCGUCGAAUCACUACAUACUAUAAAACAAAA